AUGGAUCAAGAAAACAUAAAAUACAUUCUCCAAGGAAAAGUUGUGCCUCUUCCUGCAGAGUCAUCCAAUACUGUCCGACUCUUCAUAAGCUCCACAUUUUCAGAUAUGGCGGAGGAACGUGAUGCACUAAUGGAGAUAGCCUAUCCUGAGAUACAAACCUUUUGCCAGAAACAUGGACUAACAUUUGAGGUUGUGGACAUGCGUUGGGGAGUACGAGAUUAUGCAUCAGUGGAUCACAUGACUACAGAUCUUUGUCUAAAGGAAAUUGAAGCCUGUAAGAAGACCUCUAUUGGACCGUAUUUUAUUGGCUUAGUUGGUAAUCGAUAUGGUUAUAGACCCAUGCCUCGACUUAUUGGUGAGGAAGAAUUUAAUAUCCUGUAUAAAAAGGUACUUAAGAAUGAAGCUGAAGCACAGCUGCUAACCCACUGGUAUUGGAAAGACAUAAAUGCUGUUCCUCCUAUGUAUGUUUUUCAACCAAUCACAGUUCACCUUCCUCAUUUCUCUGACAACAAUCCAUCCCAUGCAGAGCUUCAGCUAAAAGAAAUCAAGAAGUGGAGAGAAAGUGAAAAACGGAUAUCUCAGGCAUUGCGCUUAGCAGCAGAAAAUGCUCAGAAAGAAGGACUGAUCACUUUAGAGCAAAAACACAAGUAUUUCAAAUCAGUAACAGAGUGGGAGAUUGAGUGUGGACUCUUGGCCUCUGACACAGAUGAAGCAGGCUCUACUAUGUUUUUCAGAGAAGUUAAGGACAUUAAUCUCUGUAAAGAUGGUUUACAAAUUUUAGAUGUCAAGGAAGAUGGAAGCCAUGACUCAGAAGCUCAAGAUCUUUUAGAAGAACUUAAAUCCCGUAUUGUCCAGAAACAUCAAAACAAAGUAAAAACACUCACAGUGGAGCUAAGCAAACAAGCAUUAAAGGCCAAUUACCUUCAAAUGCUUUGUGACCAGGUCAUUGCUGUUGUAAAUCACCAGAUACUUAGAUGUCUGUCUACAAGAGAAAAAGAUAUUUCAGAAUUACAGAAAAAACAUCCUUGGUUAGGAGGGCUAAUGCAGGAAGUAACACAUCACCUGCAACUGUCUCAUACAAAGUCAGAAGUAUUUUGUGGACGUCAGGAAAUACUCGAAACCAUUGUGAGUCGAAUAAAAAAUAGUGAAGCUUGUGUGCAGGCCCCUCUUGUCAUCUAUGGAGCUUCUGGGUCAGGAAAAACUGCUCUUAUGUGCAAAACGUUUGAACUGCUAAGACAGUCUGCAACCGCUGAUGGGCAUCAUGUGUUGGUGUUAAGGCUUCUUGGAACUUCACCUCAAAGCUCUGAAAUCCAUGAUGUUCUCAAAAGUAUUUGCUAUCAGGUGUGCUUAGCAUUGGAUCUGCCCUUCCCCACUACACAGGUCACUAACAUUUACAAUGAAACGGUGAGAUUUUUUCACCAGAUUCUCACAAAGGUAUCUAAUAAAAGGUCAGAAAAUUUGGUGCUUUUUCUUGACUCACUUGACCAGCUCUCCUCAUCAGAAGGUGCCCAUCAUCUACACUGGCUACCAAAGGAAUGUCCAGCCAAUGUCCACAUUGUCUUGUCCACAUUACCUAAUGAAGCAAGCAUUCUGAACACGCUACGAGGGAAAAUCACAGAUGUAACAUCUUACUUGGAGGUGCAGCCACUCUCUGCUGAACAAGGUGGACAGGUGAUUGAAAAGCUUAUGUCUUCAACUGGACGGAAGCUGACUCCUGCCCAACUUGACAUUGUACUGGACAGCUUCAGAAAAUGCGGGCAGCCAUUGCUUCUUAAACUGGCAUUUGAUGAAGCCAAGAGGUGGUCAUCUUACACACCACCCUCACAACUCCAUAUUGCCACAAGUACAAAAGAAGCUGUAUAUCAGUUGUAUCAGAGAAUAGAAAAUGUCCAUGGCAAAUUACUGGUAUCUCAUGCCCUGGGUUACAUUGCAGCAUGCAGGACUGGUCUGUCAGAAGCUGAACUGAAGGAUAUUUUAUCUUUAGAUGAUGAGGUUCUCGCGGAUAUUUAUCAAUACUGGGCUCCUCCAAGAAGUGAUGUCAUACGGAUUCCUGUAUUGUCAUGGACUCACCUCCGACAUGACCUGGAUGGAUAUUUGGUGGAAAGGCAGGCAGAUGGGAGCACAGUGCUGGGCCUAUACCACAGGCAGUUCAUUGAAGUAGCACAGGAAAUCUACCUGAAUGAUUCAGAAAGGAAGAAGAGACAUCAUACCCUGGCGGAAUAUUUUUUGGGCACUUGGAGUAUGGGGACACUGCGGUGGAUAAAUCUACCACUUCUUAAUAAAUCCCUAAGUGCUGACAGAAAGGUAGCACCGCAGCCACUGUGGUUCUCAGAAGAUAUGCCCAAUCUAAGAAAAAUGAAUGAGCUGCCUUACCAUCUACUUAAUGCAGGCAACAUUGAUGAACUGCAAAGAGAAAUUUUAGGUAAUAUGAACUGGAUAUCUAGCAAAAUUGUUGCAUGUGGAAUCAACAGUCUCAUCCAAGACUUUGACAUGUGCGUAAAACGUAUUAACAAUGGUGAGGUCAAACUUGUGCAUGACACACUGCGACUUUUCCAACCCACUAUCAACUUCAUUGAGGCCCGGAUAGAUCCUUGCAUCAUAUAUGUAGAGAUGUUGGCAAGGCUGCAUUUCUUUAAGCUGUCGUGCCCAUCCUUAAUAGGUAACCUCUGCCAGCAAUGCUUUACCUGGUUUGAGCAGUAUCCAAAUCCAACCUUUAUUCCUGUAAGUGGAUUUUUCCAGCCACCUGGUGGCCCUCUGCAGACCACUCUUACAGGAUUCAAGAAAGGUAUCACCGUGAUGGAAGUCUGCCCAUACAAGGAUCUUGUUGUUGUGGCAUCUGAUGAUGGCACCAUGAUAGUGUGGGACAUAAAGGAUAUUGUAGUCAUUCACACAUUAAAUGGUCAUUCUGCUGGGAUACUAUGUGUAAAGGUUUUUGGUCAAGGAACGCGGGUGGUCUCUGGCUCUCUUGACAAUACCUUGGUCCUGUGGAAUCUGGUAACCGGCAAACAGUAUCUGACAAUUCAAGAAGACCAUACAAUUUAUGAAAAUGCCUAUCUGGAUGUGGAUGAAAAGAAUGGGAUCAUUUAUUCAGCAGCAGGAUCUCAGGUCUGUGGAUGGAAUAUAGAAUCUGGAGAUCCUGUUUUGUGUUUCUCUCCUGGCGUUCCUGGAUUUCCAUUACAAGCUGCUGUAUUUUCACCACAGCAAACUGUAAUGACAGUGACUGAAGGGGGAACAGUUCACAUAUGGGAAUCAACCACAGGACAGUUAAAAGGGUCAAGGCAGAUACCGGGCGCUGAUGCUGAGACUACACAUCCAGUAUGUAGUUGUGUUAUUCCCAAGUAUGGGAAAAUGGUGGUCGGGUUCAAAAAUGGCUUCUUGGCACUUAUUUCCACUGGAGGAGGUGUAUCAGCCGAAAAAAUGCCCUGUAUCCCGAACUUUGUAGUGGUCUCUGAUGAGGAGUCAUUAUUUGCUGCAGGGUUUGGGAAACAAGUGCAGGUAUUUCGGGCUGACUCCAACACCCUAAGGACAUUUCUUGGAUCAUGUCUAGAACAUGAUGACAUGGUAAAAACAGCUGUAAUACACAGUCAGAAGAAUAUCAUUGUAACUGGAUCUCAAGAUGAAACUAUCCGGGUCUGGAGUUUGUCUAAGAGGGGAGCUCUUCUAGACACAUUCUUUGGGAUGGGAGUAUCAGUCACUGGACUGGCCAUGAAUGGAAGCACUUUAAUAUCUUCAUCCAAUUCUGCUUACUACCUCAAGCUCUGGAACCUGGAUUAUGAUCAGAAGCACAAGACAUUGCCUCCUUUUCAGGAUCGUAGCGGCUGUGUCGCUUUAUCCAGUGGAGGUGAUCGUGUUUAUUUCCCAAAAACUGGUGACAAACACAAGAUUGUGGUCUGGGACACAGUGCAAGGUCUUAUGACAGAUAUCCUUGAGGCCUCUUCUGAAGUAACAUGCCUGGAAGUUGCCAAAACCAAGAAGAUUUUGUUCUGCGGUUUGAACUCUGGCACUGUAUUGGCUUUUCCGUUAGACCAAAGGCAAAAUGUGGCUUGUAUUCCACCACCUGAACAUAAUGUGGCCGUAAUUUGCUUGUCAAUAAGCAAACAAGAAAGCUUCUUGGCUGUAGCUCACCACGAUAUGAUUCUGCUAUAUGAAGUUACAAAGGGGGACCCUAUUCCAAUGCUUGAUGGCCCAGUACACUCUAUAAAUCUACAAAUCCCAAGUGCUGUGAGCAAAGUAGCCAUAUUUGAAGACCAGAGGGUUAUCUAUGGUACAGAGAAAGGAGACAUGUGUCUUUUUAACCCAAAAAAAGAAGAACAAUGUUUAGAUUCUCAUGCAAGCAGAGUCACCUGCUUAGAAACAAGUACAAAGGAAAUAUAUGCAUUAAGUGGCUGUGAGGACUCAGUUGAGCGUCUUUGGAACAUGGAAACUGGUUGCUGGGAACAUGAGAUGUGUUACAAGGGCUUCUUCUUUCAAGGAGUUGACUGUGCCUGCUUCUCACCAGAUGACUGUUAUAUUUAUACUGGAUCUAAGGACAGAGCCAUCAAAGCGUGGGAUGUGUCCACUGGUUCCCUGCUUGCGGUACAAUAUGUAUAUGCAACUGUCACCCGAAUUGUCUCUACCUCUGAUGGAUUUAUAGCCACUACACGUUUGGGCUAUGUGAUCCGAGAGAAGUUUCAGUGCCCAGAAACCAUCAGCACUCAGUACAACCCAUUGCAAAACAUCAAAGCCACAUGUACUGUCAAAUCUAAAAAGUCUAAAGAUGUCUACAACAAAACCAUCCAAUUGAAAGCAAAAAGUACUAACAAAUGGUGGAGAUGCAAAGAGCAAGCAAACAAAAAUUCACAAAUCUGCCACAUUGUUUAA